AUGUCAGCAUCCAGAUUCCUCCGACUCAUCACUAAACCCGCUCCCCUCGCGAUGUCGUCAUCGUCUCCCUCGUCGUCAUCCUCUUGGUCAUGCACCAAAUGCACAUUCCUCAAUUCUCCUUCUCAGAAGCUCAACUGCAUGAUCUGCUUGACUCCCGUCUCCACCCCUUCCUCCCUCUCCGUUUCCUCCAACGACGAACCUAAAUGGGCGUGCAAAGGCUGCACCUUUCUCAACACCUACAAGAACUCAGCCUGCGAGAUCUGCGGGACCCGACCUCCCUCUUCUUCUUCCCUCCUGGGCUUUGAAGAUUUAACCGAUUCGGUUCCCGAAAGCAACAACUCCGUCGGGUCGGUUUUCUUUCCUCUUAGGCGGUGUAGCAAACGCAAGGCCAUGGAUGAUGAUGACGUCAUCGAAGUUGGUGGCGGUUCUGUGAAGAAAAUCAACGAAAUUGAAUCGAAAGGGGUAGCUUCUAGUUCAGGUGAAGCUUUCUCUUGUGUGAAGAUUUUGACCUACAAUGUUUGGUUUCGUGAAGAUCUUGAGUUGAGUAAUAGGAUGAGAGCGAUUGGUCACCUUAUUCAGCUCCACUCUCCUCAUCUCAUAUGUUUUCAGGAAGUUAUCCCUGAGAUAUAUGAGAUUUUCCGCAAAUCCAACUGGUGGAAAGAGUAUACUUGUUCUGUCUCACUCGAUGCGGCACAAUCAAAAGGCUACUUCUGCAUGAUGUUGAGCAAGGUUGGGAUGAAGUCUUCAAGCUGUAGAAGCUUUAGGAACUCGAUCAUGGGAAGAGACUUAUCUGUAGCAGAGGUUGAAGUUCCGGGGAGAAAGGCGCUUGUUGUGGCAACAAGCCAUCUCGAGAGUCCAUGUCCAGGUCCUCCUAAAUGGGACCAGAUGUUUAGUCGAGAACGCGUUGAACAAGCCAAUGAAGCCGUAGAGAUGCUCAGAGCUAAUCCCAACGUGGUAUUUGGGGGAGAUAUGAACUGGGACGACAAGCUAGAUGGGAAGUUUCCUUUGCCAGAGAAAUGGGUUGAUGUUUGGGAGGUUUUGAAACCAGGUGAUCUCGGUUUUACGUAUGAUACUAAAGCAAACCCGAUGUUGUCUGGUAACAGAGCUUUGCAGAAACGGUUGGACCGGUUUUUCUGCCGUCUGGAUGAUUACAAGCUUGGUGGAGUCGAGAUGGUUGGGAAAGAGGCGAUUCCUGGUUUGUCCUAUGUGAAAGAGAAGAGAGUGAGGGGUGACGUCAAGAAGUUGGAGCUUCCAGUGUUGCCUAGUGAUCAUUUUGGUCUGCUUUUAACUCUUUUACCCAAAUGAGUUGAAACUAUCGGUAGCUCGAAGUUCCUUUUUCCCCCCGUGGAACUUCUAGUGACUAGGAUUCUGAUAAGCGGUUUCAUGGUUUUAGCUUUUUGCUUUUUUUUUGGAAAGUCUUCAUUUCCUGAUUUGAACUGAUAUAUCAGUCUAAUGUCCAACAAAACGCCUGCUUUUUGUAAUGAAGAUUAUGAAACUAAUCAGAGUUGACGAUCACUAAACACAUGAGACAUGGUUGAUGUAGCAGGAUUUGGUUUCUGACAAGUUAUUCACUGAACAUUAAAUUUAAUGUACAAAGC